ACGGUUGAUAUCGAUUGCUGUUUCUCUCUCCUGCGUUGCACGUACGUUAUUUGUGUUUUGCACGUCUUGUCUGGGACAGUUAAUGUGACAUGGAUUCGCCCAAAUACGGCUCCGCUAGCGCCGCUGAUCGACCUGACGAUGAGCCCGAUGAAAAAGAACCAUUAAUCAGAAACCAGUCACCGACCUUCCCGAACAAAUGCCUCUGCACGAAAAAAGGUUGUUACAUAACAGCAUGCUUGGCGUGGACGCUCUUUGUCUGUGUACUGCUGUUAAUUACCUUCGUAGUUCUGCUAACAUUUUUCUUGGGAAGGCGCCACUGCGACGAAACUUACGGGUUGCCCCCUGAACCCGAACCAAAAACAACUCCUUCGUUCGAUGGCAGACUUCCAGAGACAGUCAAACCUGUCGCCUAUCAUCUGAACAUCACUCCAUAUCUAGACGAAGAAGAUGGUGACAAACGUUUUACGUUCGACGGCGACGUUACCAUUGAUAUAGAUUGUAUCCACCCAUCGAAUUCCAUAACUUUGCAUUUUUUGGAUUUACGCAUUGACACCGAUUCCGUUCAAGUCACCAAUAAAAGCAACGAUGAAGCAGUUGCUGUAGCCGGGACAAUGUUUAUUUCCGAAUAUGAUUUCCUUAUAAUAAAUUUGGAUCGUUUUAUAAUGACUGAACACCAGUAUCAGAUUUAUAUUAGAUUUGCAGGCAGUCUAAACACAAGUAAAGACCCUGAUGGUUCCUGGUUUGGUUUUUAUUCCAGUUCCUAUGAAACUAAUGGGGAAACAAGAUACCUUGCAUCAACAAAGCUGGAACCGAGCGGUGCACGGCGUAUGUUUCCUUGUUUUGAUGAACCAUCAAUGAAAGCUACCUUUGAUAUAGUGGUAAACCAUCGUCUGGGAAGAACGGCACUGUCUAAUAUGCCUAAUAUAAGGAAUGAAAUGGGCACAGAGUGGAACACUGCGUACUUUGAUACAUCUGUAGUGAUGUCAACGUAUCUAGUGGCUGUAGUUGUGUCUGAUUUUGUUAAUAUGAAAACUAUAACAGCCAAUGGAGUGCAGUUUCGUGUUUGGUCUACAGCAGAUUAUUCACAUGGUUUGACAUUUUCACUUGAGUUUGGUAACCAAUCAUUGACAGACUUUGAACAACUUUGGGGGAUUCCGUAUUCGCUUCCAAAGAUGGACAUGGUAGCUUUGCCGGUAUUUGAUGCUGGUGCCAUGGAAAACUGGGGAUUGAUUACGUACAAAGACUAUAGGAUGUUGUACGAUGACACGAUUCAUUCACCGUCACAUUUACAAAGUGUUGCAUUAGUAAUUGCUCAUGAAUUGGUACACAUGUGGUUUGGUAAUUUUGUAACACUGGCUUGGUGGGAUGAUACUUGGCUGAACGAAGGUUUUGCAAGAUUUUAUGAAAUUGUUGGUGUUAAUAAUAUAUUACCAGAAUGGAAGAUGUUUGAUCAGUUUUAUCAACAAAUAGUGACAUUUGAUGCAUUCUCUGCGGACAGUAGCUACGAAUCGCAUCCCACCGUCAGACCUGUUGGUUGGUUCAAUGAACAAAAAGAACAGUUCAGUAAGCAGUCCUACGAGCGGGGUGCAGCGAUGAUAAUGAUGAUGCAAUGGUUUCUGGGUAAAGAUGUUUUUCAUGAUGGUAUUGUUAAUUAUUUAAAUGAUAAGUUAUACAGCAAUGCAGUGACAGAUGACCUAUGGCGCCAUUUAACAACGGCUGAUCGUGGUCAUGGAAACAAUGAUGUGAAGGAGAUUAUGGAUCCAUGGCUCUUACAAGUGGGUUACCCUAUUGUUACUGUAAAACGAUCUGAUAAUACUGUAGAAGCUCAACAGAAAAGAUUUUUACUAGAUCCACACGAUGAACCGGGACAAUACCAUGACCUUGGACCCUGGUCAAUCCCUGUGUCCUACAUUCACUCAAAUAAGUUGAAUGAACCUGAACUUGUAUGGAUUAAAGGGGAAUCAGCAAGAUUUGACCUGACUGGAGCUCGUGAAUCUGAUUGGUUCUUGGUCAACAUCAAUCAAAUGGGUUACUACCGAGUAAAUUACGAUAAUGAUAAUUGGAGUAAAUUAAUUAAUCAGUUAAAAACGAAACACAGUGUCAUAUCGAUUCGUAAUCGAGCUGCCUUAGUGGAUGAUGUUUUCAAUAUUGCACAGUCUUUAGAUGUUGGUGCUAAUGUGUCAUUAGACAUGAUGGAGUAUCUGAUAAAGGAGGUAGAUUAUGCGCCGUGGAAGGCAGUUGAGAACGCACUACUCUAUUCUGAUCGGAUGCUGAAGAGAACAGCUGUUUAUGGUGACUUUAGGAAAUAUGUGAAAACACAGAUAAAUCCAAUGUAUAACAGACUAGGAUGGAACCUGACAACCCAAGACCAUAUAGAAUUCCACAAUGUUGCAUUGUCCAUCAGACUUGCCUGUUACUAUGGCAACAGAGAAUGUAUUGUUGAAGCCCAAAAGAAGUUCUCUAAUUGGAAGCUUAAUCCUGAUAUGAAUAGGAUCACAGAAGAUGUUCGGGCCACAGUUCUCUGCAUUGGUUUGAUGUACGGUGAUGAAGAAGACUGGCAAUCUGUCUUCUCAUUUUUGCAAAAAACAAACGAUGACCGAUUAUCAGCUGACCUUAAGCAGGGUUUAGCUUGCAGUCGGUUGCCAUGGGUUUUGCAGAAUUAUAUGGAAGAGUAUCUUGAUAGGAAAGAAAUCGUUAAUGUCGUGAGUAAAAUAAGAGAUACAUCGACUGUAGGAUUCCUCUUAGCAUGGGAUUUCAUGGUUCAACACUUUGAUAAACUGAAAGAAAUCCAUGGUGAUAAGAUUUAUGACCUAGUAUGGGGAUUUUCAGAUACUAUGAACACACUGGCAGAUAAAGACAAGUAUGAUGAUUUUGGUAGGAAGUACAACACAAUGCCGAAUGAUAAUGCUAUUGGUUUUUACAAGGGUCUAAGGAAGAUCAACACAAAUAUUGAAUGGAUGGAUAAAAAUUAUGACGAUAUUGUCAAUUUUCUCAACAAUAAAUUAAUUUAAUUUGGGUUGGUAGAUAUUAUCAGCGUACAUGGUUAGGGCUUGCUAAUAUUUACACUUUUUAUGGCUUUGUGAUAUAGUAUACUGUAAAAUACUUUAUUUCCAGUUGGAAUUUAUUGUCGCUAUAUACCUUUUUUUCUAUAUUUCACAUUCAACUCAUCAAAAAUCAGUGAAAAUAAUUUCCAUACAUA